UGUAGAAUUUGCAAAGGUUCAAUGGACAUUCUCAAGCAAAUUUGGAAAUAUUCUUGCUAAUGGAUUUCCUUCUUAUCGGUCUCUGUUUAAACUGGCUGCUGAGGAAGCCCCCGGGGUUGAUUUUGUGUACGCUGGGUAUCUGCUCUAAAAUGCUUCCAGCCGUGAGUAGUGGGUGUCCACAGCUCUGCCGCUGCGAGGGCAGGCUUUUGUACUGUGAAUCACUGAAUCUCACAGAGAUGCCUCACAACCUGUCGGGCAUGAUGGGCUUGUCUCUGCGGUACAACAGCCUUUCAGAGCUGCAUGAUGGACAGUUCACAGGGUUAAUGCAGCUCACGUGGCUCUAUCUGGAUCACAAUCACAUUUGCUCAGUGGAGGGGAAUGCCUUUCAAAAACUGCGGCGAGUUAAAGAGCUCACCCUGAGUUCCAACAAAAUCACCCAACUGCCCAACACCACUUUCCGACCCAUGCCCAACCUGCGCAGUGUGGAUUUAUCGUACAACAACCUGCAGUCUCUGGAGCCUGACCUGUUCCACGGGCUGAGGAAACUGACAACUUUGCACAUGCGGUCGAACGCCAUCAAGUUUGUGCCCGUGAGAAUCUUCCAGGACUGCCGCAGCCUCAAGUUUCUAGACAUAGGAUACAAUCAGUUAAAGAGCCUGGCUCGAAACUCUUUUGCGGGCUUGUUCAAACUCACUGAGCUGCACCUCGAGCACAAUGACUUGGUGAAGGUGAAUUUAGCCCAUUUUCCCAGGCUCAUCUCCCUGCACUCCCUCUGCUUGCGAAGGAAUAAAGUUACCAUCGUGGUAAACACUUUGGACUGGAUAUGGCAACUCGAGAAAAUGGAUCUCUCCGGCAACGAAAUCGAGUACAUCGAACCUCACGUCUUCGAAAGCGUACCUCACCUCAAGUCCCUGCAGCUGGAUUCCAACCGCCUGACCUACAUCGACUCCCGAGUCCUGGACUCCUGGAAGUCCCUCACGAGCAUCAGCCUCUCUGCCAACGCCUGGGACUGCAGCCGCAACGUCUGCGCCCUGGCCUCCUGGCUGAGCAACUUCAAGGGGCGCUACGACAGCAACCUGCUCUGUGCCACCCCCGAGUACGCGCAGGGCGAGGACGUGUUGGACGCGGUGUACGCCUUUCACUUGUGCGAGGACGAGGUGGACCCCACCAGCGCCAACACCUUCUCCCCAGUAACGAAUAACAGCGAGCAGACCUUCAGCUACGGCUCUGCCACCGCCACCUACGACGUGCAGGACGGCGACGGCGACCCCACCACCUAUGCCAUAACCGUCACCAUGCCGGGCGAGAACUCGGAGAACGCCGUUCAGAUUCACAAGGUGGUGACGGGGACCAUGGCACUCAUUUUUUCCUUCCUCAUCGUGGUUUUAGUGUUGUAUGUCUCCUGGAAGUGCUUUCCAGCCAGCUUGAGGCAUCUAAGACAGUGCUUUGUAACACAGCGCCGAAAGCAGAAGCAGAAACAGACCAUGCAUCAAAUGGCUGCCAUGUCAGCCCAGGAGUAUUAUGUUGAUUACAAACCCAACCACAUUGAGGGAGCCCUGGUGAUCAUUAAUGAGUAUGGAUCUUGUUCCUGUCACCAGCAGCCAGCGAGGGAAUGCGAGGUGUGAUUUUCCUCGGGGAUUUAAACAGUGUGCAACCAAAUAUCAGCGUGCAGGCAGACAGUGGCACGGGGAGGGGAGGUUGGGAGGGAGGGAGGGGGUGGUGUUGCUGGGCAUUGCUGGUGGUUUCUGACACGCUCCUCUGCCGAAAUUGUUAAGAGGGACUGUCCAAAAGACUUGAUAUUUUAGCUUUAUCGUGUCUUAAAAAACCUUCAGGACAGUCAAUCUUAAGAUUUCAUCUGCUAAUACUCCCUUCGAAGAUCUGUCAAUAUUCAGGAAUCUCGAGAGUGUAAAACAAAUCAAAACAAAAGGAUAAAAAAAAAAAAGAAAAAGGAAAAAAAAAAAGCUACCAAUUAUUGACCUUUUGUAAACUAAGAAAACUGUUUAAAAUAAUAAUAAAACCAACAAAAAAAAAAUAGCAUUUACAGUUUUUACAGACUGGUGUACGUUACCUGAACUGUUCCCUGUACACAAAAUGCAACAGUUUCACCUCUCCCUUUUCGUUUAGUUCAUUUCACUUGAUUUUCCCAACCCCCCCCUCCCUUCUCCUCUUCGUAUUGAGUGUUGAAAUGAAAGCCUAGGAGCAAAGAAGCCCUGUAAAAUAAGAAAGGUUAAGCUUUUAACUCAACCAGAUGGCUUCACAUUGUAACUACUACACGUUCUCACGCCAGUCAUGGGGCUGAAGAUACGAAGCAUGGCACUGGAAAUAGACAUUUUUUUUUUGGUUGCUGUUGUUGUUGUUGAUGUGCUGCCUGUAAGUGGAUGUCAGUACAAGGAGCUUGUGCCCCUCAGAAAGGUUCAAAGUUUUGACAGUGUCCCUGGGACAGGGUGUCUGAGGAUGUCUGAGUACAGCUCGCUUGGUAGCUGCUGUGAGAUCCAUACGAACUGCAUCAUUGGCCCUAAAAGUGUUUUGUAGCCAAAUUGAUCCUAUGGCAAAGUCUGCCCUGAAAAGGAAAGCGAACAAGUAACAAACCCCAAACACUGCCAAAAUGUCUUUAACAUUAAAAAUAAUUUAGGAAAGAAAGAUGAAGCCCUCUAGAGGUAGGGGCUUUUGACUAGAUUUGCCCACUUUUCUGCUUGCUUUCAGAUAUGCCCAGAGCAGAGAAACCCUUUCUCUGUGCACUCUGGUGCCACAGUGAAUGGAGAAGGGCAAAAGCUGUCUGGUUCUCAGUGGUGAAACUUGGGUGUCCCUCAAGAGUAAAACCUCAGCUGUGAUACUGGCAGAGCAAGACACAGAGUUAUUAGAGAGUACUUCUGGGUCCCAGAGUCUAGCAGGGCCUGUCUCGUGCCCUUCAUUUUCACCAGCAGCCUUCACUAGCAACCCUGAAACCUCUGCAGAGGCUGAGAGCAGAGGAGCCCUCCUUACUAAGCACUGAUCAGUGGAACUGCUGGCUACAGGCAGCCGUUUAAUAAUGUAAGCUCACACAGCUGCUCUGCUGGACUGCCCUUAAAGAAAGGCUUCCUUGCCUUGUACAUUGGAGGUUUCAUUCCAGUAUGUGAGCAACCUACUUGCUUGAUCUUCUCCAAGAACUCCUCUCACGCCAGUGAAGAUGAGGUAGCAUUACAACAUCAGGCAGAGCAUCUCACCAUUUCCUUCAGCUGGCAUUAGAUGGUAAUGAAAUGUUACAGGUAAUGAAUUGGGAAACAUGCCUGUGCUUUGGACUUGCUUCUCUAGCCUUAGGUUACCACCAGCAGAGGCAAAAAACCUCUCAAACCUAACACAUAUUUCAAUUCACCACAAGGGCUUUUUCUUACAGCAUCCAAGUGCCACCUACUCUAAAGCAGGCUCACACAGCAGAAAACAGGCAGAGAACAAACCAUUUCCUUCCCUGCACGGCAGGUUUUAGCUAUUCAUUUUGAAUGCAAGGAGUGAAUUUUGUAUUUUGGUCUGCCUGACACUAUUUUGCAAAGGUCAGAACUUAUUUUUCCUCUAUUUGGUACAUCUCAUCCUGUUUAAUAUUAAAGAUGACAACAGCCUCUUAAUCAAAAUGGUUAUUUAGUGAGGCAACAAUGCAAUCUGUGAAAGCGCUGAGAUGAUUUUGCAUAGAAAAUGAAAAUUAAAUCAGCUGGUUUUGUUGGUUUGUUGGGGUUAUUUUUUUUCCCCUUUUACUAAAGCCACUGAAAACUCAGCCACAGUUUUGCAACAAGCUAGGACUGCACAAAGCAGGCUUUUAAGCAAACACACAUGUCUCUGUCUGUGCCUCAAACCCACAAAACUCCCAAGCGACCUGAGCGUUUGAGUGCCCACGGAGGAACCUAGCAGUAGGUCCACAGCCUCUUUGUCUCCUUGGGUGCCUGUUCUAAGAGAAAAUACUUUCUGCCAUGCUAACUGAAGGCCAGCCUGGAUGUGGUUUUCCCCCAUUAAACUGUUCUCUGGACUCAAACGAGGGGAUUAAAGCGUGGAGCAUGGGCUCUGACUUUGGACUACGUUGGGUGUUCCUCAAAUCAACACGCAGCCCUGAAGGAUUAAUUACAGCCAGAUGUCAGCAAGCUUCCAAAAAACCAACCCAGACUGUUAAAUUCCUGUCUGCUUCUGGUAAAUAAUAAUAAUGCUAAUAAUAAAAUCUAUGACUGACUUUAUUUCUGUAGUGCCCCCCCCCCUCCCCGUUGCUCUAAGGGAACGGAUUAGUGCAGCCAUGGUUUUGCCCUCUCCAUCUGAAGCCAGACUGCUAUUGACAAACAAUCAUCCCAGCAGUUGGGUUGCAAUGUAUUUUUAGCAUCUUUCUGGGCUGUAUGUGAGGCACACCAGCGACUUGCACCCCUCUGGAAGGAUUCCUGCUGUUUAUUGGUGUUAGCAACCUCCAGCAACGUUUGCAUAGAUGUGAGCAAUUCUGCCCGUGGAAUUUAUCCACCUCUGUGCUUCAUGCAUCUUGCACUGACAGCUCCAGCAAGCUUGAACAGAACAUUUUUCUUUAAAGGUGCAGUGGUUUCCUAAGUGAGAGCUGAUUUUGGUGUUGCCUGUUGCCAUUUCUCCUGAAGUGAGGUGAUGACCACCAAUGACUCGCCGCCCUUAGCAGGGUGAUGGAUUUGAUCCUCCAUACAGAGCACAGCACUCAGCCAACCUCAGAAAACUGCACAUUUCCAAACCUCCAGGCAGAAAUCUUUUCUGAGGGCAAUAUCUGCAGGAGGCAACCUCCUCAAGAUCUCCAGAGAGUGUCUGGAGACCCUCUGAGUAUUUACUGGUGGGAAGGGAGGUGUCACUGCCAUUAUGUGGCACGAAGGCACUCUGCAGGGCGCCCACAUCUAGCCUGAGAGUUUACACAAGCAAUAUGUGGGUAAUAAAGCAAUGAAGGGGCAUGGAUUUAAUCUCAAUUCAGCUACCACAAAUCCACUUCCUCAUCCUGCUCCAGGCUGCUUGCAUUGGUAGAGAUGAGAGUUAUUACAGCUGAACUGCAUUUAUAGCCACUGCAGGGACAGAUUUUCCCUAAGUCUUUCCUCCAAAUUUCAUGUUCACUGACUGUCCAGAGAUAUCUCAUUGCCUCUCUUCCCACGCCCUUGUUUUGGGCUCUGAAAUGGCUCCAAAUUCAAAAGGAAGGAGGAGGAAAACACCUAAAAAUAUGUGGGUUUUGGGGGGUUAGUUGUGACAGUUUGUUGCUUAGGAGAUGCUCUGCUUGGGGAAUAUCAAGAGAAGGAACAUCUCUUCAAUAUUCUCUUUUUAAUGCUCCACUUUGACAGGACUAAUCCACCCCCCCCCCCCCCCUUUUUUUUUUUUUCUUCCUUAAUUUGGUAAUGAAUAUUAUUUUCUUCACAUUUAAGUGACUUUUAACACACAAGACAGGGUGAAAGGCAGGUAAAAGAACCACCUUUUGUGAGGAUGAUUAACGCUACCUGUGUCAGAGAUCUCUAAUAUGCAAUUUCUUGCUGCUAACAUCAAUACACACUCACAGUGCACUCAGUGAUGAAGGAACUGUUGCUGUGUAUGAUUUGAAUGUAUAUAAGGGAUGGAUUCUUUUCCUUUCUGUCUUCUUUUUCCUUCCUUUCUGUACUACUUAGAGAAAUUCUAUGAAACCACAGAAUCGAUGCUCAUGUACCACAUUCUGUUUCUGGCCUGAAUAUAUAAAGUACAAAGAAAUUCUGUGUUAAAGAUGCAGAUUCCCUCCAUUGCCACACUGCCUGAGCGCUGCUAGAUGCUCUGUACCAGCCUGAAGAUGCAGAUCCAUGCCUGGUUCAUAACUGCCUUGCAUUCGUGUGCCAGAGAGAGAGAGCAUUAAUGAUACCUAAGGAUAUUUUUGUAUGCUUUAAUAUAUGCUGUAUGUUUUUAUGGCUAAGGCAUUGAGGGGGCACUUGAAAAGAGCCCAUUUGUUCAUUUUCUUUGGUGCUGAUAAAAAGCCCCUCAUUUGCUUUUGAGAUGGACUAAA